AUGGCGGCACCGAGCCAGCAUGUGGCGACGGUUGACAAGCAACUCUCCCCUGCCCUCCCGAAGUAUGCUGACCAGAAGGGCUCGAUAGGAAAGGCGACACUCGGACAGACUAGUGCUGCUUAUCGUAACAGUCUCAUGUCCCAACCCAGUACGAUUCAGUUCCAACCAGAAGUGUCUUUGGCUUCCGCACUGCCUUCCUAUGGUCCUCGCAGAGGCAGCCGUUUCGAGGCCUUGUUCCAGGAUGCGCUCAAUCGUCAAGAACGUCAACGGGUCCGCAAGGAAGAGCGGCGACGAGUCGAGGAUGAGGAAAUUAACCACAAAAACCAGCGGAAGGCGCGCAGAUCCUUCGAUAUGGCAAAAUUCAAACGGAAUGUGGACGCAGAUGUUCGCCACAGGCAGGAAAGGAAGGCUCAUCGAGAAGCACAGCGUAUCGAGGAGAAGCAUAAAAAGGACAGGGAGGCUGUCCGAGUGGUCCCGGCGGAGUUGUUCAUGAUCCAGAGUCGUCUUAGUUGA